AUGGCGUUGAACGUCAUCACAUCUGGGCGUAUAUCUUCAGCCACGUCUACGACUUUCGUUUCCACCAUUAGAGCUUUCGUUAGACCUUCUCUUUCUCUCGGCUCCACUCGAUUUGCAUUCUCUACGCCGCGUAGCUUCCACGGUGGUCGUAUUGUGGCGAUGGCUUCUUCUGCUCCUGGAUCGGUCAAUAAGCCAGAGGAAGAGUGGCGUGCGGUUCUGUCUCCUGAGCAAUUUAGGAUCCUGAGGCAGAAAGGCACCGAGUAUCCAGGAACAGGAGAAUACAACAAACUGUUCGAUGAAGGCACCUACGGUUGUGCAGGAUGUGGAACUCCUCUCUACAAAUCCGCCACCAAGUUCGACUCCGGUUGUGGCUGGCCAGCUUUCUUUGACGGGAUCCCCGGUGCUAUUAACCGAACCGCCGAUCCAGAUGGGAGAAGAAUCGAGAUCACAUGUGCGGCUUGUGGAGGACACCUCGGUCAUGUUUUCAAAGGAGAAGGCUUCCCUACUCCUACCGAUGAGCGACACUGUGUCAACAGUGUCUCUCUCAAAUUCACACCUGGGAAUCGAAACCUGUAA